AUGGAGUCGGACGAAUUGAGCGAUUUACAGUCUCGACUGUAUAAAAUGAUUCCGAAACAGACCCAGGAUAUCAUUGCUACAGGAAUAUUCCUAGUAGUGAUGCCAAUUGGAUUUCUAAUCAAUAUCUUCUUCAUUAUGACAUACUGGUAUCCAGCCUUCGAAGAAGCAUGGCUUUACCGAGUUUGCAUCUUUCUAUUCUUGGCAUUCAAUGUGUACGGUAAUUGGUACAAGAUGUUAAAAAUUGGACCAAGCGGACGGAGUCCAGCGCUUCCUAAUGUCGUCAAAGCCGGUUUCAGAUACUGUCACUCGUGCCAUCUUAACGCACCUCCAAGAGCAUAUCACUGCCCUGUUUGCGAUGUUUGUUGCUUUCGCCGAGACCACCACUGUUCCUUCGGUGGAGUUUGCGUAGGACACUUUAAUCAGAGAUACUUUAUCGCAGCCGUUGCUAACCUUUUCGUGUUGAUGGUUCCAUUGUUCAGUUAUACUUGGGAUUUUGCAUGGUCGAGAAUGGAUGGAGGUUUUUCUCUGAGUCGAUCAUGGCAACUCUUUUUGCCUCACAUAGCUCUCAUGGCCAGACUAAUCUCAGUGCAUCAAUUUUUCUGCAUAAUUUUCUGUGCUUCCACAUUUACGGUUCUUUUGUUCGUGGCUUAUCUUCUAUCUGCACAAGUGUUUUGCCUUUGGAAUGGCCAAACAAGAAUGGAGUACCUGCUGGAGAUUCACGCCUACCAGCUCGGUCUACUUGACAAUCUUCGCCAGUAUCUUGGAACUCGUUGGCCACUGAUCUUCAUCAGCCCGUUCAUCCCCAGCCCGCUACCAUCGGAUGGAAUGUCUUUCGUAACGAGAGAGAUCAAAGAAUUGAACGAUCCAAAAUAUCUUUAGGUACUUACAAAGUUCUUUCACAGAGCACCCUUACCGUUUGAGUUGUAUGAUCUCUGUAAAUCCAAGUCCAAUGCUCGAACUUCCCCUUGUAUAUAUCGUUAAUGUAAAAAGAAUUCUAAUAAAAGAAAGAUCACUUCCGAA